AUGAAUUAAUUAAAGUAUUCAUAGUCGUCAAACUUGGGCUUUUAUUGGUAAAAUGAAAAAACCUCUGCUCGCUGAAAUCAUAUGUGUUGUGCAUAUAUUAUGAUAUGUAUGAUACAAAUUGAGUUUACUCAACCGAACGAGUUCUUCUGGAAAUGACUUUUAAAAAACACCUGGUGAUUUUUGUCUGACGACUUUUUUGUUUUAAAAUCUUAAAGGCAGCCGACAUUUUGCCAUUAAGGCGGGAAAUUGAAGAUGAUUGUACAGGAAAAUUAAACAUUAAGUGUACGAGCCAAAGGACGAAGACAAAGCGACUAACAUUGAAGAAGAUGGCGCAAUGAUUUAUCUAAAUUUUCUAUGACGAAUCGUUUCCUCACUCACAAAGCAAAGCGGCAUGAAAGUGGCGAUUAUAGCUGGCUUGGCUGUGGGAAUACCAGUUUGUAUUUUUGGUCUUAUGUGUGUACUCUAUCGCUUGUAUUGUAAAAAAAAUCGUAGACAAGAAACCAUUGCGUUAGGACAUGGGAAAAAACUUUGGAGGAAGAGCUACCAAAUAGUUGGAUCAUCUCAUGAAAGUCUCUCCGUACCUAAACAUGUCCCGAAAAUUGCGUCGAAAUUUGUUCAAGAUUCGCCUCAAAUGAGUAGCACCUCGACGUCUAAUCGCGUAUCACCUCAAGACGAUCAGUUAUCCGAAGAUGAUGACGAUAAUUCGUCGCUUAGCAACUAUAGGACUGCACAGGAUGAAUUAUUAAGCCCUGAUUGUCUUUCGGCUGAGUCUCGGGAUGCAGUCGAGCUGAUAUCGUUGUCUCCUGUCAAAACGUUCUACAAGAAAUGUAACGAAAAUCAUGGGUACAGUAGAUUACAUGCACCUGCACCAAAAAAUCGGAACAUUCCCGUUAUUCAAGUUAUGAAUGAAAAUAAAGAUAUCUUAUUCAAAUUAGACGCUCAAAUUAACCAUAAUUUGAACAAUGAUGACAGCAAAAUACCUGUAAACUUACCGCCGUCGGUAAUCCAGGGAAAACGAACAAACUUUAGAUCAAAUUUAGGCAUGAUUGAUGUUUCCUUAUUGUAUAAACAGACCACUUGUGAGCUUUAUCUUAAGGUAAACAGAGCCAUUGAUUUACCGGUGCGAGAUCUACGAAACAAUAUUUCUUCACCAUUUGUAAAACUGUAUGUUCUCCCUUCACGUCGUUAUAACUACAGCACAAACAUCAUCUCGAAAUGUCUUAAUCCCGUUUUUAACGAGAGUUUUGCCAUUGGUGGUCUUACGUUGAUGGAGACACUACAGUUAACCAUUCAAUUUCUUGUUAUCCAUCACGAACCAAUACAAAAGAAUGUUAUCAUUGGAGAGCUACUUUUACCUUUAGUGAAAUAUGAAUUUGUAGAUGAAGAAUUAAAUUUGUGUCAUCGUUUAAAAGAAUACAAAGCAAAACCCGUUCUCGGCGAGCUUCUGAUAUCCGUGUGUCAUCAACCUUUAGCAAGUAAACUAACUGUAACCAUAUGUCAAGCUCGGAAUUUGCCGAAGAUCAGUAACUAUGGCAUUGGCGAUCCAUACGUUAAAGUGGAGCUUUUUUUCAAUGCCAAACGACUUUGUAAAAAGAAAACGCGAAUCAAAAAGAAGACAAGCAAUCCGCGUUUUCUUCAAACGUUUACGUUUGAUUUGGAUAGUCCUUAUAUCUCUCUAGACGCUUUAGUUCUCAUCAUGACAGUUCUCGUUAAAGAUCCUGGUGGCUUUCACGAGAAAGUUGGACAGGUAGUACUUAGUUCUCUCACGGCGGACUCAGCUUUUGCUCAGUGGAAUGAAGUAAUACAGAACCCCCACGUUCCCAUUGAAAAAUGGCAGAUGAUCCAUGAAUGAUAAUCACGUGGAUAUAUGACGUCACGAAAAGGCGAAGACGCAAUUGCAAGUUGGUUCGCAAAUUUGCAAAACAAACUUAGUUAAUUUUGACCUUAUAAUUACACUUGAAAAAAAAAUGAAAUCGUGAUUAUUAAUUUUUUAGGAUAUUUUAUUUGUAAAUAAUGUAAAUGAAAAAAGUUUAUUUCUUCGAAAACGUUCUAAUGCGAUAUUUUAACUUUUAAGUGUGCUGCUAUCCAUUGGAUAGUGCACUUUUCCAGACUGUUAGCCAUGUGGCGUUAAAAAUUUGGUGUGCCAUAUU